UCUUGCAUCAUGGCGGUGGGGACCCCACCGUGGCCACAGACAUGGGUGCCCUGUCUAUCCACUACGCUGCCACCAAAGGAGACUUCCCCUCCCUGAGGCUUCUCGUCAGGCACUACCCUGAGGGAGUGAAUGCCCAAACCAAGAACGGUGCCACGCCCCUGUACCUGGCGUGCCAGGAGGGCCACCUGGAGGUGACGCAGUACCUGGUGCAGGAAUGCGGCGGAGACCCGCACGCGCGCGCCCACGACGGCAUGACCCCACUGCACGCCGGGGCGCAGAUGGGCCACAGCCCGGUCAUCGUGUGGUUGGUGAGCUGCACCGACGUGAGCCUGUGGGAGCAGGACAAAGACUGCGCCACCGCCAUGCACUUCGCGGCGAGCCGCGGCCACACCAAGGUGCUCAGCUGGCUGCUGCUGCACGGCGGGGAGAUCUCGGCUGACCUGUGGGGCGGGACCCCGCCGCACGACGCCGCCGAGAACGGGGAGCUAGAGGUCAGCUCGGGCCGGGGUGGGGGCGCGCGCCCUCUGCUGGCACGGCGCUCUCGGCAUGGCCCUGCCUGGGCACGGGGGUCCCAGCUCGCGGCCGCGGCCGGGUCCUCACUGCGUGCCCCGCAGUGCUGCCAGAUCCUGGUAGUGAACUGCGCGGAGCUGGACGCCCGCGACCGCGACGGGUACACGGCCGCCGACCUGUCGGACUUCAACGGCCACGGCCACUGCACCCGCUACCUGCGCACGGUGGAGAAACUGAGCGUGGAGCACCGCGUGCUCUCCUGGGAUCCAUCCGUGGAGCUGGAGGUGAAGCAGCCGAAUUCAGGCAUGUCCUCACCCAACACCAUGGUCCAGCCUCUGAACUUUGACCUCAGCUCGCCCACCAGCACCCUCUCCAACUACAACUCCUGCUCCUCCAGCCACUCCAGCAUCAAGGGCCAGCACCCUCCACGUGGCCUUUCCAACACUAGAGCUGCAGACACACAGAGCUACAUGGACAUGCUGAACGCGGAGCUGGGCCUGCCUCGGGGCACGAUUGGGAAGCCCACACCCCCACCACCCCCACCCAGCUUCCCCCUACCAUCCCCACCCCCAGGCACCCAACUGCCCCUACCCCCACCUGGCUACCCAGCUCCCAAGCCUCCUGUGGGACCACAGGCAGCUGACAUCUACAUGCAGACCAAGAACAAACUCUGCCACGUGGAGACAGAGGCCCUCAAGAAGGAGAGUGGCCGGGUUGUCAUGGAGUUGACAGAGAAUGCAUGGAGACUGCCCCUCCCCAAGCAUGCCCCCAGCCCCCACAGCCCCAGGCUCAGUCGGAGAGUGUCACCCAAGGGAGGUGGCUGCCAGGUGGAAGGUGCCAGUGGCAUGGCUGUGGAGGCGGCGCAGCCGUCGCGGAUGCUACAGGGGCGCCAACUACUCUACCACACCUGGCCGCGGCUCUGCAUCCGCCCCCGGCCAGAUGUGACCCCGAACCCUGCGCCUCUCCCUAAGCUGGGAGCUGAGCCCCCACCUUCAUCCCCGCAGGCGGAACUCCCUGGGAACCACGUGCCUAACGGCUGCGCCGCGGACCCCAAGGCGUCCAGGGAGUUGCCACCGCCGCCCCCGCCGCCGCAGCCGCCGGCGCCCCUGCCCCAGGCCGCGAGUUCGCCGCCGCCGGUCCCGCCUCUGCCCCUGGAGGGCGCUGGCCCUGUCUGCUGGCAGCGCCGCUCCUCCUCGUCCACAGGCCGCACCAAGUCUUUCAACAUGAUGUUCCCAAUGGGCGACAACUCGGAGCUACUGGCUGAGAUUAAGGCAGGCAAGAGCCUGAAGCCUACCCCGCAGAGCAAGGGGCUGACCACAGUGUUCUCAGGCAGUGGGCAGCCGGCCUUCCAGCCCGAUUCGCCGCUGCCAUCUGUGUCACCUGCACUGUCACCAGUCCGGAGCCCCACACCGCCAGCUGCGGGGUUUCAGCCGCUGCUCAAUGGAAGCUUGCUUCCGGUGCCGCCCACUACUCCUGAGCCGGGGGUGCCGCUGGACAUGGAAGUGCUCAUCCCUAGGCACAAUGAGCAGGGCCGGCCCAUGCCCGAGUGGAAGCGCCAGGAGGAGGAGGAGGAGGCCUGGCUGGCCAGCAUGCCCGCCUGGAGGCGGGACCUCCUGCGGAAGAAGCUGGAAGAAGAGAGUUCGUCAAGGUGGCUUUGGAGACAAGUCUGGCAACUGUGGAGACCCAGAACCCAUCUUUGCCUUGAGAAUGCAGAGCUGAAAGAGCAGAUGGGAGAAGAAAUGUCUGAUGGAUGGGAGACUGAGGAAGACAAGGAGAAGGGCAAGUUGGAUAACCAGUCCCAGCCUCGUGACCCUGGGCCUCAAUCAGCGUUUAGCCCACCAGGGUCCACCCAGCACCUGCGCUCCCAGCUGUCACAGUGCAAACAACGCUAUCAAGAUCUUCAGGAGAAGCUGCUGCUAUCAGAAGCCACUGUCUUUGCUCAGGCUAACGAGCUGGAGAAAUACAGAGUUAUACUUACAGGUGAAUCCUUGGUGAAGCAGGACAGCAAACAGGUCCAGGUGGACCUCCAGGACCUGGGCUAUGAGACUUGUGGCCGAAGCAAGAAUGAGGCUGAACGGGAGGAAACCACCAGUCCCGUCUGGAAAGACCCUGGAAGCUGAGAGCUGUUGGCACCCUGGAGGGGUCUUCACCUCACAGUGUCACUGAUGAGGAUGAGGUGUGGCUGUCUGAUGGCACUGGGGCUUUCUACUCUCCAGGACUUCAGGCCAAAAAGGACCUGGAGAGUCUCAUCAAGAGAGUAUCCCAGCUGGAGGCCCAGCUCCCAAAAAAUCAACUAGAAGUGAAGCUGGCUGAGGAGGAAAUAUGAUUCCCUAAUUUAGGAUCAGGCCCGGGGAACUGUCUUACCUACGGCAAAAAAUAUGAGAAGGGAGAGGUAUUUAUUAUCUUCUCACCCAGCAUGCAAAAGAUACAGUAAAAUCUUUUGAGGAUCUCCUAAGGAGCAAUGACAUUGACUACUACCUGGGACAGAGCUUCCGGGAGCAACUCGCCCAGGGAAGCCAGCUGACAGAGACGCUCGACAGCAAACUCAGCACCAAGGAUCAUAAAAGUGAGAAAGAUCAAGCUGGACUUGAGCCACUGGCCCUCAGAUGGUAACAAAGAGUUCACCGGCUGCAGCUGUUCCAGGGAUCAUACUUUAAGCAGGAGUGCCUUAAAAGGAAGGCUAGCUAUGUCUUUGCUUGUCGUCAGCAUAUCAUGUGGCCAGAGCACUGGGUAGCUAUUCUCUCUCCAUCUACACCCCACCUGUGCUCCAUCCCUAAGCAGAGGCUCAGCAGGAAGCUGCAGGAGAAAGAGAAAGUGAUUGAAGUCCUGCGGGCCAAGCUGGAUGCUCAGUCCCUCACACGCUCCAGCAGCCAUGCCUUGUCUGACUCCCACCGCUCUCCCAGCAGCACCUCUUUCCUGUCUGAUGAGCUGGAAGCCUGCUCUGACAUGGACAUAACCAGCUUUCAUUUUCACUCCAUACCCAAGCUGGCUAGCCUUCCUCAGGCAGCAUUGCCCUCAGCUCCAUCCAGCUUCCUGCCUUUCAGCCCCACUGGCCCUCCCCUCCUUGGAGGCUGUGAGACACCGGUGGUCCCCUUGGCUGAAGCUCAGCAGGAGCUGCAGAAGCUGCAGAAGCAGUUGGGAGAAAGUAAGACAGUUCCCCGGGCCUGAUCCUAAAUCAGGGAAUCAUAUUUCCUAAUGCAGGACAGAAGAGGAAACAGUAAGUAUGAAAAAAGUGGAUGACAAGUUAUGGGGGCUUCUGUAGACAUUUCUAUGAGAACAUCUCUAAGGAACUCCCCCAAGCUGAAUUCAGCACAUAAGCCAUAGGAGGUAUUUAAGAGUAAAUUCUACCCUGAUAAAAUAUUUCACUAAAAAAUUUAGCAUGGGCUGGGUGUGGUGGCUCAUGCCUGUAAUCCCAGCGCUUUGGGAGGCCAAGGCAGGCAGAUUACAAGGUCAGGAGUUCGAGACCAGCCUGGCCAAUAUGGUGAAACCCCCUCCUCUACUAAAAACACAUAAAAAAUUACCUGGGAAUGGUGGCACAUGCCUGUAAUCCCAGCUACCUGGGAGGCUGAGGCAGGAGAAUUGCUUGAACCUGGGAGGUAGAGGUUGCAGUGAGCUGAGAUGGCACCACUGCACUCCAGCCUGGGUGACAGAGUGAGACUCUGUCUCAAAACAAAACAAAACAAAAAAUUUACCAUGCCACUGUUCUUCAAUUGUAUAUAUAUAUAUAUAUAUAUAUACACACACACAAAAUUAACAUAUAUAUGUUAAUUUUAUGUCCCUAGAUAAGUCGUAAGGUCUGUGAGAAUGAAGAUAGCUCUGCAUUUCACAUCCCUUACAGCAGCAGUAUCAGAGAGAUUCACAGUAGAUACUCAAUGAAUAAUUAGAAUCAUUUCAUCCUAAGUCUAGAUAAGACCCUUCAUGUCUUCUGUUUUAACCACCACCUGAUGCCUGAAUUUCUUCUAUGUUGUGAUACUGUGGGUGACUGUAUUUUGCAAUCAUGGGUAUCUCAUUAACUCUCAUGCCAUCAACUGAUGAGACCCAAAACAAGAGACCCUAAGUGAGAGCCACCCAGCUGAGCCCAGUCAAACCACACAACCAUGAAGCAUAAUAAAGUAUUGUUUGAAGUCACUAAGUUUUAGAGUGGUUAUUACUUAGCAAUAGGUAACCAGGACACAUACCAAGAUGAAUGUCUGUUUUCAACACAAAGUAUCAAUAACACUUUUAACUAUGGCAAAUAGCAUUGAGUGCUUAAUAUAUGCUAGGCACUA